CUUCGGUUUUCCCUUUCCUGUCAAGGAGGGACUUUCCUGUCGGUAGCUUCAUAUGUAUGAGGAAGCUUUUCUCCUCAGCACUAAAGGACGCACAUCAGUUGAAACAUGAUAGAAACGAUUCGUUUAUUUCAGCUUGUAUUGAUUUUGGAAGGAGUCAGCAAUGUCAGGAUGGUUGCACCCCCAGACAAUGUGACCAUCCUCUGCCAGAAUGGCAGAAACAUUGCCUACUGGAACCACACUGGACCCUCGCUGGAUCCGGUCUUGUUCUCAGUGGCGAUUAAAGGUUAUUGGGAUGGCGCGACAUUAAUUCAAUCCAACACAUCCGAACAUCAUAUCGACAUGUCCUUAGCCACGCCGCCUACAAAAAAGGGCAUAUACAUUUUCACUUUGGCGGCCUGUGAUGGAUCCAGCGUUUCUGAUGAAGUUGAUGUCAUAUUCAGCUAUGACCGUGAUUUUUCAUCUGACGUAGCCUGUUUCAUGGACCUCCCGAGGCCAAACGUGACGGUUGGGACCAAUUUGGUCAAGUUCGGAUUUGAAAAUCCUGCGUCAGCCCUUGUGCCUGUCGAUGAAGGUGAGCCCUAUGACUACGAGGGGAAUUACACUGAAGGACACGAUGAAGAGGAAGUGCAAUUUUACUACGUUGUCUACAUCAAUAAUGAGAAGCAACUUGACUUUGAGUGCUCCCCGGUGGCUGAAAUAUGCUAUGGCGAGAUACUGCGGAGCGCAGACUCAGGAAACUGCGCCCUGGAGAUAGAGGGAUACCUUGACGCCGUGCGCUAUAAGUCCUCCACAAACAUAUGCAACUCUGCUUCUGAAAAGGGUUCUUGGCCCAUCUAUCUGUUGGUGGUGAGCUGCAUCAUGGUCUUGGUGACACUAGUGGGCAUUCUCCUGGGUGCACGGAAAGUGGUCAAGACUAUGAUAGAACGCGCAAGCGUCAUGAUGCCCGGUUCUUUAAAAUCCAAACCAGUGGCAGGUUCCCAAUGCAUUCUGCAACCUGAGUCUUCCGUUGCCAGCCAGGUCCAGACGGGGUGCACUCCUCUGCUUCAGUCGCCUGAGGACUCCCCCGACGUCACCCCGACGGCCGUCACGCCAUCCAGCUGCCAGGAGAAGACCCAUUUCCGGAUCCCCGCUCCAGCCACCUCUAGUGAGGAUCAACCAGGGGACGGUUAUGAAGCCCGUCUCAAGGCUGAGCCACUCCCCCAACUACGACCUCAGGGCUGUGAUGUCAGCAAUGAUGACUGCUACAUGCAGAGAGCGAGAAUCACCAACAACACUUCAGACAGCCCUCGCGCCUCCGUCGUCAUUGAGAUCGCUCCAGGGGACAGUGUCAGUGGUUACGGACCUCGCUAGCUCACUAGCAAAGCAUGACCCCUCCUUUUGCUGAUGAGGACCCCCUCCCUCAUGAUCUAGCCUUCUGCUUUCUGAACUAGCGCCCCAUCUAGGAGCUUUUGGGCUGAAAUGAAGAUCUCAUGGAGCUUUGUUGCAAAAAACUUCAUCUUAUUUCUAUGCCACAUAUUGUGCCUAUCAAAUCUUCAGGUAAUGGAUGUGUUUAAGUUGACCGUGUUGUUGUUGAGCAUUUAUAAUCCCUAAACUGUAAAGCGAGCAAUGGUGACUUGUGGCUUGCUUUGUAGGGUGUUAUUUUUCGCUAUUAGCAGAAGUAUAGCAAUAGAUAUUUUUUAUAAUGUAAAUCUACAUGGAGAUGACAUACACAUGCAUUUCAGUGAACAGAAUCGAAUGUGGGGUCUCUCAAGCAGUUAUUUAACUACCAUGAGCGUUAUUGUUUAGUUUUUUUCCAAAACCAAAAAGAAACUUGCAAAAAUGCUUCCACACUUAUAUAUUAUUCAUGGCAGUGAAACAUCCAAUCAAAGGUCAUGGGCAAUAUUCAAGGUGACCAAUCAAAGUCAAAGUCAAAGACCAACCAAUUAAACGUCAAUGCUGCGCCUAAGCCUUUCUAUGGCAGGGAAAACCCAGAGCAUCGGUAUCAAGUUCUGUUAUUAGUUUGGUUUGAUUGAAUACCGUUACUGAACAAGUUACUGAACAAAACCUGUUGUUAACCUGUUGUUCUUGUUUGUCAUUUUUCAUUUCAUCGUCAUGUUUUGGCUUUGUUUUAUUUGUACAUCUUGAUUUGUAAAUAAAGACACCUUGUGACAAAA